CUCUUUUUUCAAGCCCCUAUUUCUCUUCUUCUUGACCUGCAUGAAUAAUCCUAGCCGUUUUCUACUCCAAAAUGGCAAAGAGAAUGGCAGUCACACACGCAGACCUUGCACCAAGUCGUCCCGACACAGGCUUUGGUAGCAAAACAGGUGCUUUUCUCACGGUCUUGACCAUUCUCUGUGGCCUGUUCUGCUUCAUUCUAUGCCUAAUUGCUGAAGUCACUCGUUCUAAGGUCACAUGGCAGAUCAGCAGUGAUGAAGGGGAUGAGGGAGGAAAAUCCCAAUGUGUAUAUAGCGGCAGUGGGAAAUCGCCGCUGUUAUGUGCAGCCAGUGCAUUUUUGGGGCUGGCAAUCAUCAUGGUGGUGGAACAUGCAUACAUGUUGAUUGCAAUUAGCAACUCCCCUCCAUCAGUCUUGGUUAUUUGGGAGCCUGAUCAUUCUGGUCCUGCCAAGAGUUUGAAAUGGCAAGCUGCCUUCUUCUUUGUUGCAACUUGGGUUUCCUUUGCUGUUGGGGAGAUCUUGUUGUUGAUUGGGCUAAGUGUGGAGUCAGGGCACUUGAGAAAAUGGUCAAGACCAAGACCCAGCUGCCUCGUUCUCAGAGAAGGUGUGUUCUCUGCAGCUGGAGUGUUUGCCUUGACCACUGUGUUGCUUGCUGCUGGGUUAUACUUGACUGCAUUGCGAGCACAAAGAAUCUCCCUGCACCAAGAAACCGUCCGGCGAGAAAUCGUUGAGGCCUCCAUACUCUAUGCAUCUCCACCAACCUCACCUCAGAUCUCAACCAUUCCUAGAGAAAACCCCAUUUUCAGAGAAACACACAACAUUGAUCACCAGCCUCCAGCCGCUCUUAGCAAACAUUUGAAUUUAUAGAGCAAAAAGAUUGUUUGUGCUUCUAGCUAAGCUCAAUGCACAAGUUCCAUAUUUUGCAUGUAAAUUAUAUACACAAAUGUGAACAUAUAAAUCAUAAUAUAGUUUUG